AGUGUGUUUAUAGAAAACGGUAAAGUACCUGUUUCUGUGACAGUGGGGCCUGACAUCUUCAUACAAUUAUAGGAAUAAUAGUCAGACUUCAUGGCCAAUUGUAUCACCUUAAAAAGGAUCAUUUUUAACAUCAACAGAUAUGCUGAAAAUGCUUAUAACAGUUGUCAAGUAGACAGACACGCACACACCACUUGAUUCCAAUUAUCAUUCAUUCCAGAUGGUGGAAUAAUAAUUAAAUCAAUAAGUCAUUAUUCUAAAUAAUCAAUCACGCUUAUUUUCUUGUCCCUUGAGUAAAUAUAAUAUAAUCUUAUUGGAGAGGAGUGGGUGGGACUUUGUUCUAAUAGUUUUUUGUUUUAGUUUUAAAUUACGCGCUUGUCUAGUGUUACCUUUAUGUGCCAGAAUACCUCUCCAGGCGCGAGACAAGUACGCUGCUGUAGUCGACCUCGAGGCAGUUUUUUUUUUUUUAAACUACCUCACAGUCAAUAGGAUAUUAUACGGCUUUAGUCUAAAGCAUGAAGGCGCUAACAUUUGGGCUGAGCCUUAUUCGACAUGGGGAAACGCAGUACAAUAAAGAAGGCCUGCUACAAGGCCAGGCCAUAGAUUCACCCUUGUCUGACAUCGGGCUGCAGCAGGCUGAGGCAGCAGGCUGUUACCUUAAAGAUGUUGCGUUCAGCAACGUGUUUGUCAGCGAUAUGCUGCGGGCCCAGCAGACUGCUGAAACAAUAAUGAAACACAACCGUAGUUGUUCUGGUGUACAAAUGGUGUGUGACUCUUUACUUAAAGAGAAAAGCUUCGGGAUAGCAGAGGGGCAGCGGGUGCAGGACGUGAGAGAGAUGGCCAAGGCAGCCGGUCAGUCGUUUCCAGACUUCACCCCUCCAAAGGGGGAGACUCAGGAGCAGGUGAAAGAGCGGGUCAAAGAGUUUUUGGAGAAAACUCUCCAGCAAAUUGGGGCCGAACACUGGCGUGACAGAGGGGAGGAUGAGAGCUCCUUCUCCGCUCAGUCAGAAACAUCCCCCGUGGAGGGGCAGGCGGACGAUGGGGUCAGGGGUGUCCCGGUCCACGCUUUGGUCGUCACCCACGGCGCCUACAUGUGCGUGGCGGUGCGUUUCUUCGUGGAAGAGUUACAUUGCUCCUUGCCUCCGGGCUCCGACAAAGCACAUAUGUUCGCUUUAAGUCCCAACACGGGUCUGUGUCGGUUUUUACUUACCAUGAGAAAAGAGGAUGACCGGUUCAAAUUGUCAGGGAUCCGCUGUGUGUUCGUCCACAGGGGGGGGGGGCAUGUUAAAAAGUAGGAGCUAAAUGACGUAAGAGACAACACUGAAAGUUUACAAUUUUCCUAGCUUGUUUUUACAAAUGUAAUUAAGAAUAAAUCUAAGGUCCAGUAUCCAGGUGCUGUUGAUUGUUUGUAUAGUUUACCAGAGGCAGUAUCUUAAAAACACAUUAUAGUAUUCUUAAAUUGAUGGAAUUCAGACCUCGAGUUUAAAGUCAUCAAUAUUUGAUACUGUGGCCUAAAACAAAAUCUGAUUUGUUCUAUUUUCAGGGUAUAUAAUGCUGUUUCAUGAGUUGAUCACCUUUAUUUCAACUCAUAGACGGUUUGUGUCGUCACUUGUCUGGCUGUUCAUUACUGUACACGUGGGCAGCUUUGUGCUCUAAUGAGUCCAUGUUUCUAUAUUUACUCUCCGGAAGUUCAUAGAUCCUACGUAGGAACACAGCGCAGAACUGCAUCAGUGUUGACUUUUUGGGAAAUCAGUGACUUUUUCAUUGCUUGGAAUGAACACUUGGGUCAACGAGGGCAAAUGCAUACUAGAAACAGUGCAUGCAUGCUGUGUGUUGUACUGUAGCAUGUGGUUUCUCCACUUUUCACGGCACUCUCAGCUGUUGUCUCUGUGAUCCUGCAAUUGAAAACACCAGGAUCGCCGUCAGACUUGAGCAGGUUAGAAUAUUUCUUAAAUCAGAAAAUGUAGCCGUUACAUGUUUCUGUGUCAGAGUAAGGUAUCUGUGGAAACUUGCCAACAGCGAUGAAAGAUCUUUUCCCAAUAAAAACCACAUUCAGUCUACUCUGGCUCUCAUUUGUUCAUCUUUGCAUAGUAUAAAUCUUUGAUUUUACAUUUUGAUUUAUAAACAUAUCCUAGCUGAGAACAUUUCCAUUUAAGUAAGCAUGCUCCUUCAUUCGCAUACAUUUGUUUGAUGCGCAUUACUUCUUUUGGACAUUAUUUGUCCAGGUCUAAUAUUUGCUAGUUACAUAACCAAUUGGCUGUGUGCAUAAUAACCAUGUGAUUGUGUUGGUUGGUGGGAAAAAUACUUCUAGUAGGUUUCAUGCAGGUGUCCUAAGUGACCGGUUACUGUCAUCGCCAUAACCAACGACAGAAAACGUCGGUGAGGCACUUACUGGUAUUUUGUUGUAAAGGACCCCAAAUGAAAACGUGAACCCAAGAGGAGAGUUAAUAACACGAGACCCACAUUCAUUCCCAGUUCCUGAUUUUCCUUCAAUAUGCAGGAUUUGCUAUAGAAAGUAAGUAUAGACACAUCACACAGACAAUCCACUGAGUAGUUACCAUUUAUUUUUUUCACAUAAGAAAUAACACAACAUGAAAUGUAUAAAUAAUAA